AAAAAAAAAAAAAAAAAAUUCAGCUUCUGAUACUUUUAAUUAAAAUAAGAAGAAAUUAACAAAGAAAUCACGCAUUGAGAGCCGCGCUUUAAAAUCCAAAACCGCAGGAGAAAAUGAACAUCCGAAACGCCAGACCGGAGGACCUCAUGAACAUGCAACACUGUAACCUGCUGUGCCUGCCGGAGAACUACCAGAUGAAGUAUUAUUUUUACCAUGGGCUGUCCUGGCCUCAGCUUUCCUAUAUCGCUGAAGAUGAAAAUGGGAAAAUUGUGGGCUACGUCUUGGCUAAAAUGGAGGAAGACCCUGAUGAUGUCCCACACGGUCACAUUACAUCCCUGGCUGUGAAACGCUCCCACAGGCGUCUGGGUUUGGCUCAGAAGCUGAUGGACCAGGCGUCCCGCGCUAUGAUGGAGAACUUCAGUGCAAAAUACGUGUCUCUCCACGUGCGCAAGAGUAAUCGGGCUGCGCUACACCUGUACUCCAACACACUGAAAUUCCAGAUCAGUGAGGUGGAGCCCAAGUACUAUGCUGAUGGUGAGGACGCCUUCGCCAUGAAGAGAGACCUGGCAGUGCUGGCAGAUGAGCUACAAAAGCCCCCUGAAGAGAAGGAGCGAGUCGGAGCUGGGCUCCGCUCUGCUCAGACGGAGAGCGCGGUGGGGGGGGACCCGCGCAGAGCAAACCACCUGGGUGGGGCGGACUGUUGCCACGACGACAAGUGUGGUGGGGGCGCCGGAGCAGUGCACCCUGGGAAACAGGGGGCUCAGGAGGACAGCGGAGGAGACAGCAAGGACGCAAGCGAGACGACGGAGAGCACAGACCUGAAGGACAGCUCGGAGGUGUCCGACUCGGCUUCUUAGAGAUCAAAUAGAUCAUUAAUAACAAUGAUAGAGUAAUUAACGAGGCAUACAGUGGCUGUGGAGAUCAGAGAGAGAGAGGCUUCAUAAACUCAACAACAAACGUUUCCACUAGAAGUCUGAUUAAACACCUUGAGAAAGACUUUUUGAAACUUUAUGACAUUUCUAUUGAAGACGCUGAGAGAGACGUCUAGUGGAAACGUUUGCCAUUGAAUUUAUAAACUUAGUUUAGGGUUUCUAUUGGAGAGCUCCACUCAACCCUGCACAGCUGUACAUUAAACGUGUGAAUUACUUUGUGAUGUAAAUAAACAGGAGAACACACAAUAUUGUUUAUUUUUCAUUC